AUGCGUGAGGCGUCGGAUGUGGAUCAGAUUGUGAUUGCGAUGGGUUGUAAACACGGAGAGCGAUGGCGAGCAGUUGGAGUGGGGUUGAGAAGAAAUAAUGGGGUGCUGAGUAUGGCGAGGUUGACGCAUGUGCCGGGCGUAGCAAGAGCAUUGCGGAUGCCCAGCGCGGCGGUGACGUUGACGAUGAUAUACAUGCGGGCCAGCACUCCAAUGGCUGCUCAUGGCGGCCAAUCCGCGGCAAUGCUCAGCAUGGCCCCAUGUGAGGGUGGUGGUGAUGGCAUAGUAGCAGGAAGGGAGGCGGUCAAGCGAAGACGCAUCUAUUCCUGGUGUGGCUUGCAGAACCUUAAUUCGCCCGACCCCUGUCCAUCCUGCGCAUCGCCAGAAAAGCCACACCAAACAGCCUCAGGCAAGCCAGGCACCGCAAAGCUGCCCACGCCUCGCUUCGCGACUGUGUUGGCUCGACGGCGAUGCGCCGGCGAAGGCAUUGUUGUUAUCCCACGCAGGCACUUUGGGGUAGUCAACGGCAUUGCCAGCGCCUUCUUCGUUAGCCACCGCUCCUGCGUCGGCCGGAGAGUCGUAGCUGCCUCGCUUUGUUUGCAUCACGCCGCAUCGGGACAAAAAGCGACUACACCCGCCCGUCGCUCCUCCCGCGAGAUGAGGCUGACUUGA